AUGGAUAGUGAUGGGAGCAAUGAUAGCAGUGCAUCUUCUAGGUAUAAUGUUGAUGUUGGUGGUGUUGAGGUAGUGAGAAGUAAAGAUCCCCAAGAAACGAAGUUGAAUGAAGAUGACAAUAGCAAUGUUACAAGUUCAAUCCCGGUAUUGGAACCAUGUGUUGGCAUGGAAUUUGAAUCCGAGGAUGAUGCAUAUAACUUUUAUAAUGCUUAUGGAAAAGAGAUGGGAUUUUCAGUUCAGAAAUUCAGGGUGGAGUGCUCAAGAGUGGAGUUUACCGGUGGCGAGCAGAAUGGUAGUGUCAGCGAGGAGCAUUGUCGGAAUAUUUUCAAAACGAAGCAUAGGAAAAUCUUAGGUGUAGAUUGUCAGUUAGCGGUGAACUAUUUGAAGAGCAAAGGAAUUUCGGAUGCACAGUUUUUUUAUGCAAUCAGUAUGGACGCGGAGCAGCGAUUGACAAGCACAACCCAGAGAGGUGAGUCAAUGAACAAGUACUUCAAAGGCUUCUUCAGUCCAUCUACUCCAAUUUAUGAAUUUAUUACACAAUAUGAUGAGACUGUUAAGAAAAGAAGAGAAAAGAAAGUGAACGCAGACAUCAAAUGCAUGACCUCCUUACCAUGUUUGCAUACAAAGCAAAAAAUUGAGAAGCAAGCCAGGCUUGUUUAUAUAGCGAAGGUGUUUGGGGUUUUCUUAAAAGAAUGGUGUGCAUGCUUUGGACUUGUGGCUAAGGUUAUAGAAUUUGAUACCCACGAGAGAAGGUAUAGGGUAUUUUCAGUGGAUGGCAGUCAAGAAAUUGACUUGAACUAUGUGGUUGACAAUGAAGAUGGUGAAAUGAGCAGUUGUAGCUGCAAGAAGUUCGAGCAGUUAGGGUUACUGUGCAGGCACAUACUGAAGGUGUAUGUAAUAACGGACAGAUCCGAGAUUCCCCAAACCUACGUUUUGCGUAGAUGGACCAAAGGUGCUAAUACUAGUGUUGGAGAACAUCGUGGGGGCUCAUCUCAGCAGCAGACCCUGCAGCCUAUAUGGUUACUUCAAGACAUUGCUAACAGGAUAUCCAGUGAAGGAUCCCUUUCCACAGAGAGAUUAAUGGAUAUGCAGGUGAUGCGAACAGUCAACCUCACAAUCAACGAAAUCUGCAUAACGAUUCGUAGGUUACAUAUAUGA